UUUCACUCUUCCCUGCAUUCAUCCUACAAGAACUUCUCUAUCUCGCCUCCUCUUCUACUGUCUAUCUCACUCUCUCUGUUUCUUUCUGUCUCCCUCUCUCUCUUGAAUUCUCUCUGUCUGUUUUCAGACGCUUAUGAACACAGUGGAGUAAUCUGACAUGCUGGAGAUGACUGUAAGUGGGCAUCUGGAGUGCCUCCUGUUUCCGCCUCUUCGUGUUACCAUACUACCAUGAGCAGUUCCACUCCAUCCACAGCUAAUGGCAACGACAGUAAAAACUAUAAAGGAGACCGAUCCCCCUGUGGCCCCUCCCGCGUCCUCCACGUCCGCAAAGUUCCCAUCGAAGUGUCAGAGGCAGAGGUCGUCUCACUAGGUGUCCCUUUCGGCAAAGUCACCAACCUGUUGAUGCUCAAAGGGAAAAAUCAAGCUUUUAUAGAAAUGGCUUCUGAGGAAGCAGCCAUCACCAUGGUCAACUACUACACUGCAGCCACACCUCACGUUCGCAACCAGCCUGUCUACAUCCAGUAUUCCAACCACCGUGAGCUCAAGACUGACAACCUGCCCAACCAGGGGAGAGCUCAGGCUGCUCUUCAGGCUGUCAAUGCAGUGCAUUCUGGGAAUAUGAGUCUGUCUGGGUCUGCGACGGCCAGUGACGGUCUAAUGAUGCCUGGACAGAGUGCUGUGCUUCGCAUCAUAGUAGAGAAUCUCUACUACCCAGUGUCUCUAGAAGUGCUACACCAGAUCUUCUCUAAAUUUGGAACAGUCCUGAAGAUCAUUACCUUUACCAAGAACAACCAGUUUCAGGCCUUGCUACAAUAUGCAGAUCCAAUGAACGCACAUCAUGCCAAAGUGGCUUUGGAUGGGCAGAACAUCUACAAUGGCUGCUGCACUCUGCGUGUGGAAUUCUCCAAGCUGACCAGUCUGAAUGUGAAAUACAACAAUGACAAGAGCAGGGACUUCACACGCCUUGACCUACCCUCAGGAGACGGGCAACCUGCACUGGACCCCACCAUGCAGACCGCUUUUGGGGCUCCUGGGAUAAUUUCGUCACCAUACCAUGGGGCGGCUGGUUUCGCCCCUGCUAUCGGCUUUCCUCAGGCAGGUCUGUCUAUGCAGACAAUGCCUGGUGCUCUGGGGCACCUCACCAUCCCCUCAUCAGCAAUGACCGGACGGAUGGCCAGUUACGGCAUGGCCCACACCAUCAUCCACUCUGUGCUCCUCGUCUCCAACCUCAACCCCGAAAAUAUAUCACCACACGGACUCUUCAUUUUAUUUGGGGUCUACGGAGAUGUCCACAGAGUCAAGAUUCUGUUCAAUAAGAAAGAGAAUGCCUUAAUACAGAUGGCAGAUGCAACACAGGCCCAGCUUGCGAUGAGUCAUCUGAACGGACAGCGUCUGUAUGGUAAGGUGAUCCGCGUCACCAUCUCGAAGCACCAGACGGUGCAACUUCCCAGAGAGGGUCAGGAGGACCAGGGCCUGACCAAAGACUUCAGCGGGAGUCCUCUGCACCGCUUCAAGAAGCCCGGCUCCAAGAACUUCCAGAACAUCUUCCCGCCCUCCGCCACCCUGCAUCUCUCAAAUAUCCCUCCUUCUAUCACAGAUGACUUUCUGAAAGACCUGUUUGCUGGUUCUGGAUAUGUGGUCAAGGCCUUCAAGUUUUUCGCGAAGGACCGCAAGAUGGCACUGAUCCAACUGGGUUCGGUGGAAGAAGCCAUCCAGGCUCUCAUCGACCUCCACAACCACGACCUGGGAGAGAACCACCACCUGCGAGUGUCCUUCUCCAAAUCCACCAUCUAGUGUCCUCUUCACUACAAACCCUUUCCCCAUCCUCCCCGAUCCAGCCCUUCUACUAGCAGUCUGACUGUUUCCCUUAGAGAAAUGAAGACUGACUGGCGAACUAUUGAGAAAAUUUACUGUUAUUCAUGUGGUAGUUGUAGAGAUUUUACAAAAAGAAAAAACGAAGAAAAAAAGAAUUAGAAGACUUCUGCAGAACCUUUAGAUGGAUUUGAGAGUGAAUUUGUUUUACUCUCGAGCAACCAGGGCUGGAGAUACAUUGGAUAUCCAUGACAAUGUGACAUAUCUGGGAGCCUCCGCAUUGACGAAGUAGGACUCCCUCUAUAGUCUUUUGCAGGUCACCAGGUAAGAACCUUUGUUGGUGUAUUACGGAAAGCCAACACAAGGAACAUUCUCAAAAAUGUAAAGUCAAGACUCUUUAAGAUUCUUCUUCCUUGACAUCUCUAAAACACCAGAGACUGACACUCCUGUUGCCCAAUGGCCUUGUUAACCCUGACCUAGGUGAGGACGGAGCCUCUUCCUCUGUGCAUCCCCCAAAUACCUGACACCUUCAUUCUCAUUGGCUGUUUCAACGGAGAGCCCCACUUUGCAUUUCCAGUGGGAUGUGUUGGAUGCACGGUCACCGUUUGAAUGCCGCUGAUGUCAUUACAAGUGCUGCUGGAAUAAAAAUAAAUCUGUAGCGACAGCUCCCAACCAAUGGGCUUGUCCUUUUCCUCGGAGUAGCAUUAAAAUAAGAGUGCUAUGGAUUCAAGAAUGAGUUAAUUUGAAAUUCAAGCAUAGCUGUUUCAAACUUACAAACCUUUUGUUGUUUCUCGGCACUUUGAUUAAUUUGAAUUGAAGACAGGCACAGCAGGGGAUUGUUUUGGAUACUCUUAUCUGUUUACUGUGCAAAGAUGUAUAGCCAGAUGGUAGGCGUUUGUGAAUAGAUAGAGAAUGAUGUUUUUUUCUUUCUUGUAUAAUGGAAAUUUAAUAUUGGACAGACUGGUCUGUUGGCUUUCUGUACCUGCUACGCUGUCAGAGUACAUCUGCGCACAAUAGGUGUGUGUUGUCAACAGUGAGUCCAGUCAAUCAGGUUCCUCAAUGGAGAGACCAUAUAAAUGAAUGAUCAUUCUGGAAAAAUUACGGCCAGCUGUCAAAUCUUACUGGAACACUUCAAUCAGCCACACCCAGCCUGAUCGGAGGCCCCGCCUCCUCCCGAGUGAAAUUCUCUGAAUGUGAAUGGUGUAAGCCCGUAAUCUAGAAGGGAAAUUGAUUAUUCCUCCAUUCUCUUUCGUUUUUUUCUUGUUUUUCAUCUUUCCACAAGGGGGAAGAUGAUCUUUUUUGCAUUCUAUCAUUCCUCAGCUCUGUCCACAGGUGUGAGAUUUUGCAGCAAUGGGCUUGGUAGAAACAGUCAUGGAGCCCAUUGAGUCACAGCAAAAAAAAAAGGCGGCACUCUCUUUUGCCUUGCAGUCCCAUAAUGCCUCUACAUCUGAGCAAACCAAAUAUGAAAUGAAAAAUUAAGACUAAAUAACAAAGAGAGACUUGAAAUCUGUUUGAAAACAUAUUGAACUGCUAUCCAAGCAAAUUCCUCCUAACUGAAAUGGAACCUGACGAAGGGGCCGUUCAUACAGAACUUGUUUUAGCAUUUUGUGUGUGCAAAUUGUUUUAGUGUUUGUCUAUGUGUGUCAGACGGACUUUUUUGCCAUUUCACUAUUUUGUCAGCGUCUUUCACUGUGAGUCAUGUUUUAAUGAUGGCGUGUCAAGGUAAAAGCCCCGUGUUUUGCUCCAAUCUGUUGCACUCCGCUUAGCUGUUUUGAGCGUUAAUUGAGUUUGACAUUAACAUGUUGCUAAGCUAAUAGUGCGAUAUAUAUAUAUAUUAAAGUAUAAGCAUAAUUUUUAGGGCUGGUGAUUUAACACAUUUAUUUAGAGUGUUUAACUAUUUAGAAAUGUUACAAAAUAAUGCAAUUAAUCAUCCCCUCUGACCCGUACACAAAUUUAGUCAUUAAAAUCCAUAUUUUCCUACCAUCUGAGCAAUUCAAAUGUUUUUAUGAGCUGCGUCAGCAAGGGGCAUUCAGCGCAUCUCAACAAACCUCACAAGCAUCCUUACCACAGAAUGAGAGUUACACAGGAUACGUUCUUGACAGUUGGACCAAGCACAACAGAAUACAGGGAUCUCAAGACACUAUUUACAAAGUUUCAGCAAAUUUUAACUUGACACAGCUUCCUAAAAGUGCAGUGUUAAUGGUGCUGAAACCAGUGAGAGGCUUCAAAAGCAUCCGUCUGAUACAUACGUACAUAAAUGGACAAUUAAAUAUAGCGCGGACUGAGCGCAAGAACGUGUUGUGAGAACAGGACAGAUUGACAAACUCAAUUGCAAAACGGAUUGCUGUCGACUGUAGGCUUGUUCAAUGAUAUGGGAAUAAAGCCAAAAUUAUAUUGACUAAAUAUAUAUUAUUUAUAUUGAAUUAUCUUUAUUUGGGGGCCUUUCUUCCAAAUAUUUAUUUAUUUGAUUAAUUGCAUUUAAUUCGAUUAAAAAUUUGAAUCGAUUGACAGCACUAAUAAAUUUACAUAGCACACACAAAUACUGGGUAAAAUAGUUAUAAAAUUAAAUUGAACCAUUUUUCUAUUGCUACUUUUCAUUAUUGAAUAAAAUAAGAAGUGAAUUAGAAUGAGCUUGUUGCAAUGCGGUGCGAAGGAUACAUAUGAUGCGAUACACCAAUCCAUGUAAGUUUGAAAAGUCAGUUUUAAGUUUCCUAAUGUCAUCGUGAAAGAAAGUGUGAGAGGUUAAAUCUAGUGAAAUGAAUGUGUUUUCAAACCAAAAUAAAUUUAUGUGGAUUGUGGACGUCCUAGAAUUCAGCCAAUAAUAGGUAUCUUAGAAGGCAACCUAAGAGCUGUCUACCUUUUUGAACAUCCUUCACGUCAUUAGCGUGCCUGUGAUGCCUUAAAUGCUGUCGAGGUAGGCAGCUCACUAGGUUUUAGAACAGAACCAUGGUGUGCACACACAGAAAAUAAGGAGUCUUUGCAAUUCGAUUCUUUGUAUAUUUCUGCAUUGGUUAUGUGAGUGUGCAGUAUUACUAUAGUAGGGGUCUACAGUAAAUAUGAGUAUAGGAGGUCUCCCUAUUGUGUUCAAGCAAGGUGCUGACUCAUUUUUGCGAAGACCUGGCUGUAAUAUUCCAAGGAGGGUCACCAUUGACCCACUGAGUAGCAUCCAAUGGGAGCAGUUUCUGUGCCUGUGUGCGAAGUCCUCUGUCAAUAUCCAUUUGAAAUGUAGUCCUUCAUCAAACAAAUGAUCAUGUAAAUGCAAGGCAAGGGACAGUGUCGGUUUUUAUGACUGAUUUCACCUAAAGCGAUUCGAAACUUCGCUUUCACUUCUCAAAAGAAAUUUAAUUUAGUUGAAGUUUACAGUCUUAAAGCAAAACUAUUCAGGUCUAAAUAUCUUAAGGAUUGUCAAGACUUUUUGAAAGAAAAAAAGUUACUUAUUUUUGGUAAUUUGUUCUUUUUUAUGGAAGAGGAAAAAAAAAUCAAAUUUUAAACCUCAUCGGGUUUUUGUACCACUAUAAUCAUUCAAGAAAUCGUGGUGAAAAAAAAAAAAUCAUAUUUACUGUGUAUUUACCUAAUUUUCUUAUUACGUGCCUUAUUAUGUGUUCAUAAUCAAAUAGGUUUUAGAAAUGUUACCUAAAAUAUCUUAUGUACUUUUUGUGGGAUUGGUGAGAGGGUUUAUUUGAUCUUUAUUUUUUUUUGUUGUGUAGCUCUAAUAGAUGUGUAUUUUUGUGGGGACUCAGUACCAUGUGGUCUUAAUAUGAUAUGAGAUGUAAGUUAUGAUGUAUGGUGCUGUGAAUGCUCUUGUUAGAAAAAUGAACGGUGAAUUCUACAAUGCUCAGAGCAUGCUGUGGGUCUCUCCUCUCCCGUGUGUGUGUGUGUGUGUGUGUGUGUGUGUGUGUGUGUGU